CGUUCAUUCACGUUCACGUUCAUUCCCGUUCACGUAUCUUGUAGAUAUAGGUGUGGCUAGUGUGUGUGGUUAAGGCAUAGAUAAUAGAGUUUCAUUUACUCUACUAUCUAUGGUUAAGGUUGGGUUAUUUAAAUUAUUAUAAUGGCUGAUUUCCGUGACAUCAUUUUGGAAUUGAAAAGACUUGGCUGUAAUACUCAAGAAAUAAGGACCCUUCUUUCCCCUGUUAAAGAAAUCAGCCUACGACAAGUUCAAAGAAUUAUACAUAUACAAAGAUGCCGUGGCUCUGGGAGAACAAGGGACUCCUUGGAAGAUAUCAAGGCCGCCAUUGAGGAGGAGUUAAAAGGACCUGGUAGCUUGUUAGGAUAUCGAAGCCUAUGGCAUCGAUUGAAAGGAAAAUAUAAUUUUUCAGUUACAAGGGACACUGUAAUGAUGUUAUUGGCAACAAUGGAUCAUGAAGGGACGAAGAUAAGAAAGUCACGAAGGCUAAAGCGUAGAAUCUACCUUAACAAAGGACCUAACUAUAUGUGGCAUGCAGAUGGGUAUGACAAAUUGAAGCCUUAUGGUAUAAGCAUUCAUGGGUGUAUUGAUGGAUAUUCUCGUAGAAUACUUUGGCUUAAGGUAGCAUCAUCAAAUAAUGAUCCUAGAAUAAUCACUAGUUACUAUGUUGACUGUGUACGCUCUCAAGGGUGCCCAAGAAUAUUAAGAGUUGAUAUGAGAACAGAAAAUUCAACUGUGUCUAUAGUUCAGCCUAUUUUGAGGCACUUUGACUCUGACCAUCUUGCUGGAGGGAAAAGUUUCAUGUAUGGCAAAUCAACAAACAAUCAAGUUGACAUAAAACAUGUUGUUACGACGUUUUUAUGUCGUGUCGACGUAAAUCACGUCAACACGACGUCAUAA